CAGACCGAUGCUAACACCGCCCUGAAUCCUGCGGGAAACAGACGAGUGUUCGCGGCCUGUGGAGUUUCCUUCGCACGCAUUUUGCGAGAUGAGGGCCCUGACUUUGCAGCCGGUGAACGUGGCUCCAGCGGAGCAGCCGGCCACAUGUGGGAGGAGUUUGUGCUCCAACUAUGCUCCUCUGAGUCUGGAGAAUAAGAUCUUAGCUCAGACCUCCCUGCAGAUGUCCCAGCCCUCCUCCUGCGCCUCUCUCCAGCCCUCCAGUCUCUCCUCCACGUCAUCCUCCCUCCUCUCCUGCACUUCCCUCUUGCCCUCCAUCACCUCUUCCCUCCUCAGCACCCAGAACAGGCUCCUCACUAGUGAUUCACCUCGUUUCUCCUUUUCCCUGACCUCCUCCAUCCCUGCUGACUCUCUGCUGCCCACGUCCCUGCCCAGCGGCGCUCUGCUCACCCGCUUGGCUCAGCCUCCAUCAUUCCAGCAUCCCGGUCUGGGGGAGCAACAGAAGAGCGAUGUCGGAGGAGACGUUGGCGGAGAGGAAAUAUCUGAGGAGAUGCAGACCAGUUCUGACUGGAACAUUGCGGAGUCUGAAGAAUAUGAGAGUAGUUUUGAAGAGGAGGAGGAGGAUUUUGUUUGCUCCACUGUGGAAUUACCUUCCCUGGAAACAGACCCAGUCAGCCAGGAAAUCCAACCUGCUGCCAUCACACAGGAGGAGUUUCCUGUGUUUGAUAGAGGAAAUGAAAAAUUUGAGGAGGACCUGAAGGACAAAAAGUAUCUCCUGCUGAAUGCGGUGUGCUGCUCCCUGGUCAUUAAGAAUACACCUCCAGGUCAGGACACCUGGGACGCAGAGGACAGUGUUUGGACCAACAUCACAAACCUGGCAAAGGACAUUUGUGCCCACGACCCAGAGUUUCUUCUGAAGGUGGCAGUUUAUGCUCGACAGGAGCUGAACAUUCGCAUCACAGCAAACUUCCUAUUGGCUCUGGCGGCCAAUCAGCCGUCCACCAAGCCUCAUGUCCGCAGGUACUUCUGUGCCGCUGUGCAGCUGCCCUCUGAUUGGCUGGAAAUCGUCCGGAUCUACAGCACAUGCUUCAGCCACUCCCUGCCGAUGUGUCUGAAGAAAGCCAUGGCUGACAAGUUCAAGCAGUUCAGCGAGUAUCAACUGGCAAAGUACAACACACGCAAGCACCGCUGCAAGCACAGCCCCAAGAGUCGGAAAGGAAAGAAACCAACUGAGGCGCAGCUGAAAAUGUGGGCAGACACGCUCAGAUCGGAGCCAUCUAUUCUGAAGAAGUUUCUGAUGACGGACAAGAAGGUGGUGGAUAAAAAGCAGAGUGAGUUCACGAUGAAGAAGAUGAUAAAGAGGCUUCACAUCAAAGGACCGGCCAAACACAUCAUGGCCAUUCUGGGAAAAAAGUAUCCUGCUGACCUGAAGGCCUUCAACCGCAGUGGAAUGGAAGGGGUGUGGGAGAGGGAGCGGGCCGGGCAGCGCAUGAAGCUCAAAGAGCCGGAGACUUGGGAGCGACUGGUCAGUGCAGAGGGCAACAAGGCCGCCACCUGGGAGAAACUCAUAGAUAACAAUUCUCUUCCGUUCAUGGCCAUGUUGAGGAACCUGAGGAACAUGAUCACUCAGAGCAUCAGCGAGGCUCAUCACCAGAAGAUCCUCAGCAGACUGACAAACAAGAAAGCCGUCAUCCAGAGUCGACAGUUUCCUUUCAGAUUCCUCGCUGCCUACAAAGUCAUCAUGGAGCUUCACGCUUUGGCCUCCACGGCACAGCAAGCGGUUCCCUCAGCACAGGAGAUCCUGAAGGGAGUCCUGAAGAAGUUUCCCAAGUGCAAGCGUACCAGGGCUCUGGACUGGGAGACGACUGAGAAGAAAAGGGUGAAGAUGACGCUCCGCGUGCCGUUUGUCUAUCAGAAGUACAAACUGAAGAAAGAACAGCUUCUCAAGGCCAAUCAGAGGCAGUUCAGUGUCGAUCUGCUGCAGCGUUACCGCGAAGCUCUGGAGACGGCGGUUCAGAUCGCCUGCCGUUACAAUGUGCCACCGCUCCCAGGUCGGACCGCUGUCCUCCUCUUCACUGACCUGCCAACUAGACGGAACUGGGACCAGAAGCAGGACUUCUGCCUCCCACCAGCAUCUGAGGAAAAAGGCAAGGAGGAGGACGACGAUGACGAUGAGUGGGAGGAUGCAGAGGAGGAGGACAGCGAGGACGACAAGGACGACAAGGACGACGAGGACGAUAAGGACGGUGAGGACAGCGAGGACGGCAAGGAGGAUGAGGAGGAGGAGGUGAAGGAGGAGGUGGAGGAGGAGGAGGAAGAAGAAGAUUCCUCAAGCCUCAGGAGGAGGAGGAAGAAGAAGAAGGAGGAGAAUGAAGACAAGCUCAGUCCUUCUAUGAUGGAGGUGGCGAUGUUGCUCUCGCUGAUGAUCUGCAGCAGCGCAGAGGACGGCCAGCUCCACUUAGUGGAUUAUUAUCACGGCGAAGAAGCAAAGCUCAAGUCUGACGUCCUUUUGGAAAAUGUCAGAAGUGGCAUGGAUCAAGUGAAGUCAUUGCAAAAGGAUUCAUACCAGGAAAGGGCCAAAGGCUACCUCCACCUCCACAAAGUAUUUACCAAGACAAACAAGAUUGACAACAUCAUCGUACUGGGUGAACACUCGAAUAUCGAGUGUAAUUUCAUAAUCAACAACUACGUGAAGGACGUGACCAACAAACCCCUCGUGGUGGAAAUCGCCUUAUCGGGAUACGCAAGACCCUCCACCCACAGGAACCAUGUUGUGUUGCAGGGCUUCAGUGAGCAAAUACUGAGGUUUGUGGCCGAACGAGGAUCUACCAGGCUGAUGGACCAUGUGGAACAUUUGGACAAACUGUACAACGUCCCACCACCAGAGGGAGCAAAAGACCCUCAGAGUGCAAACAGUGUCGUCUCAAUUCCUGUCAGCCCCAAGUUAAGGUGGCGAGGAGUACGCGUGUUCAUCUCCUCCACCUUCAGGGACAUGCACGCCGAGCGCGACAUCUUGGUGCGGAGCGUGUUCCCGGAGCUCCGGCGCCGUGCUGCGUCUCACUGCCUCUACCUGCAGGAGGUGGAGCUGCGCUGGGGCGUGACGGAGGAGGAGUCGUGCCGAGCCACCGAGCUGUGCCUGUCGGAGGUGUGUCGCAGCCAGAUGAUGGUGGGAGUCCUGGGGGAGCGGUACGGCCUGGUGCCCCCCAAACCCGUCCUCCCCGACCUGCCACAGCACAGCUGGCUGGCGACGGCCCCGGCCGGUCUGUCCAUCACAGAGAUGGAGAUACGUCAGUUUCAGGCUCUUUUCCCUGAUUCAGCUAACCAGAGAAUGUUCUGCUACUUCAGAGAUCCCAACAUUACCAAAUCGGUUCCGGUGGCCUGGAGAUCCGACUUUGCUCCCGAAUCGAAAGACGCUGAGUCCAAAAUGGCCUCUUUGAAAAGCAGCAUCCGAGCCAGCGACGUCAAGGUCACUGAAAAUUACCUGUGUGAGUGGGGAGGUGUUGUGGAGGGGAAACCGUAUCUGAAAAACCUGGAGGACUUUGGUAAAGCUGUGCUCGACGACCUUUGGAUGGCUGUGGUGAAGCAGUUUGUGGAAGAGGACGAUGAGGCCGAGGCUGCAUCAGACGUGACCGAGCAGGAGGUGCACCAGGGGGCGCUGCAGAGGCAGUUCUUCGGCAGAGCGAAGCUGCUGUCCAGAGCUGUGGAGGAGGUGGAGCAGGUCCAGACCAAAGGAGGGGUGAUGGUGGUGGACGGAGGACCUGGAGAGGGCAAAACUGUCUUCAUGGCUGCUCUCGCUGACGCCCUCAGGACCAGAGACAAGUCCAAGUCCAACCUGGUCUGUGAUGUCGUCUCCUACUCCACAUCUGCCAGCCAAUCAGCACGCUCUGUCCAGAACCUUCUCCGCUGCCUCGUUCAGUGGUUUAGAAAAUUGAAAAACACCGAGAAGAAAUCUCCUCUUCCUCACUCAUACAAAGAUUUGCUGUCAGAGUUUCACUCCGCGUUGAGCGACGUGAAGCGGAACAAACCUCUGGUGCUGAUGGUUGAUGGGAUGGAUGGCGUCCAAGAUGGCGGAGGUCAGCUCAACUCUGACUGGAUACCACAGCAGCUUCCACAGGGUGUGUGUUUGAUCGUAAGCAUCACACCUAAAGCGGAUCUCUUAAAAACGCUGGUCAAGAGGAGGAGCACUGUCCUGUUCACCCUGGGACAGCUCACCAUGCUGGACAGGAGGGAAAUCAUUCAGAGAGGACUGGAAGCUUUUGGGAAGAAGCUCAGUGACACUGCGUUCAACAACCAGCUCCAGAACCUGAUAAUGAAGAAAGGAGCGAUGAGUCCUCUGUUCCUGCAUCUGGCCUGUGAAGACCUGAGGAACUUUGCCUCCUUCGAUCAGUUGAAGGAGACCCUGCAGGACCUGCCUGAGUCGCUGAGUCAGUUGGUGCAGCACAACCUGGACAGACUCUGCUCGCAGCACAGAGGCAUGCUGGGACUGCGUUGGACCCUGGCCGUCCUCACCGUCAGCCCGACCGGCCUGAGGGAGAGAGACUUGUACUCUGUGCUGAACACAUGCAAUCACCUGUCCUCGCAGGACAGGCAGGUGUCGUGGCAGGACGUGCUUCAACUGUCCAGGACGCCCAAAGGACGCGUUCCCAUGGCAACUUUCACCAGUUUAGUGCAGAGUUUACGAAGUCUGAUUGGUUCGUCUCAUUGGCCCAACACGGACGACUUGCUGUCUCUAACGAACCCGGAGGUGCGGCAGAGCUUUGAGGACUUUCUCCUCCCAGCAGAAAGUGACAGGACCAGAGCUCACCUGGUGCUGGCAGCUCAUCUGUGGACACUGGCCGACCCCCAGGAAACCAACUCCUUCCUCCACUGUGAGGCCAACUCCCUCAUGCACCUGCCUUCCAACCUGAUGCAAAGUGGCCAACUGGAGGCGCUCGGUUCCCUGCUCUCCAGCUACUACUUCCUGUAUGCUUGUGUGCGCCACGGCCUCCUGCACCACCUCCUGGAAACCUACAGCUUAUACGAUAAGAAGGAGAAGUCUGCCUGCUCCUUCGGCGUCCAGGACCAUUUAGAGGACUGCUGGAGUUUCCUGCGGCGUCACGCCUCCCUGCUCUCGUCCUGCCCGCCUCUGUUCAUCCAGCAGGCCUUCAACGAGCCCCCUCAGACCUCUGCUCACAUCUGGGCCCAAGGCAUGGUGGGAAAAGGAGGCAUCAGGGUAGUCGAGUGUCUGAACAACAAAGAUCAGAUUGAUCAAGACACCAGUGAGCUGGUGUCGAGCUUCUCCUCUGAUCCCACCUGUUUGGAUGUGAGUCCGGAUGGAGAGCUGAUGGUGGUCGGUACCGGUCAGGGAACGCUGCAUUUUAUCAACGCACAGACGGGACAGAAGGUGAAGUCGCUGGUGAGCAGCUGUGACGGCAUCUCCAGCUGCGUCUUUCUGAAGGACGGACAUCUUGCUACAACCUCCUUUGACGGACGAAUAGAGAUCUGGGAAAUCCAGACCGGCUGCAGGACUGCUCUUAUUAAGGGCCACGCGAAUGUGAUAACAGCGAGUGAUAUCUCUGCAGACCAUAGGCACCUGGCAACUGUGUCUCUGGACUUCAUGCUGAAAGUGUGGUCCGCCACUCAAUGUCAUGAGGUGGCAGUGCUGACCAGCCCCAGCCCCAUGAACUGUGUGACCUUUGACCCUGAGGAUCGCCUGCUGGCUGCUGGUUGCUGGGAUGGAAAAGUGAUCGUGUGGAACUGGCUUCAGAAUGAUACUCAAACUUCCCUGUGUGGUCACCAGCGCUCUGUGCGCAGCGUCUCCUUCUCCUCCUCCUCCUCCAUGCUCUGCUCUGGCUCGAUAUCCGGAGAGGUCAGGGUGUGGUCGGUGCCCACCUCCACCUGUGUGGGAUGUUUCCAGGCUCACCACGGGGCCACAGAGGUCCUCACCUUCCUGGAUGAAGGAGCCAUGCUGCUCACCGGCGGCUCCGAUCACAUGCUGCAGCUCUGGUCAGGAGGACUCGGACGUUCUGUCACUGCACUAAAAAGUGACAAUUGUGACCUGGAGCCUCCUCAGAAGAAGCUCAAGACCGUGAACCCACAUUCAGCAGCGCUGUGUGUGGCUGUGAAUGGAGACUACGCUGCUGUGGGUUACCAUGGUGAAGGCAUCAAACUCUUCAGUCUGGACUCAGGUAAGACGAUUUGGUCGUCCAGGGACCUCGAUGUGUCCAUCCUGUGCCUGCUGUGGGUCGCUCUGGACGCAGAGCAGACCAAACCCGAGCUGCUGGUGUCCGGAGGGAGCGACAAACAUCUGAGAGUCUGGAGGAGAGAAGAGGGAGAGGAGGGGACGUUCGGGGGCCUGGGAAUGGUGGGAACGUUGGGUGUGCAACCAGGUGACAUCCUGGCACUAGCUCAGAACUCUACUUACCUGGCGACAGCUUCAGAUAACUUCACCAUUGCUUUGUGGCUGUUGAGCGAUUUGUCCGUUGGCUCCUGUGUGGAGCCUCAUGUGUUGCUGAGGGGCCACAGAGGAGGAGUCACCUGUUUGGCCUUCAGUCCCGACGGUGGACAGCUACUCUCCGGCGGAAAAGAUACGGCUCUGAUGGUGUGGGACAUGAACCCGUCACCUCCUGUUCUCUCUAAGUCCCUCCCUCACUCUCACAGAGACUGGAUCACAGGCUGCGUUUGGACUCCAGACUGUGUGAUCAGCACGUCAAACGAUGGCAGACUUUGUUUGUGGGAUCUGCAGACGGGCAAACAACUCAGAGAGAUCUCCUGGAGGAGUGCUCUGACCUCUGUCUGCUGUCUGGGACCGUACGUGAUCGCCGGCUGUGCAGAGGGAGCUCUGCAUGUGUGGAGCUGGGAAACCAACAUAGAAAUCGGCCACAUCUCUGCUCACAAGCAGCGAAUACACCACUGCUCUCUCCUCACAGACACAGACAAGACCAAAGAAGUCAACCCAGAGGAAAUGACUGUUCUCACUGCAUCUGAUGACGGCACAGUGCAGCUCUGGAAACCACUACAGAUGCAACACUUCAACAGCUUCCUGGGUCACAGCGGCACGAUUCAUGGAGUCGUCCGCAAGCGAGGAGUCCCAGAGUUCCUCACUGUGUCUGAAGACUGCUCGUUGCGAAGCUGGACAUGGACGACAAAGAGUCUUCUCCGACACUCGGACCCCAUCACAGCUCUGUGCUUCUCUCAGAACGCCGAUUUGUGUCUCGCUGGUUAUACAUCCGGUUUGCUGGAGAUGUGGCAGCACAACGCUGUGGUUUGCCGCAAGCAAGCUUCAGACAGCAGCGUCACAGCAAUCUGCUCCUUGCCUGACGGACAGUUUGCUGUGGGCAACUCAAAGAAUGAUGUGGAUGUGUGGAAGCUGGUGUGGAAUCAACAGCACAACAGUGGAAGUCUGGUGAAGACGACCACGUACACAGUGGAGUAUCCUCUGGUCAGCCUCUUCUUCUGCUCGUCCCUGAUCGGUGUGUCCAGCAGCGGCUUAAUAUUUGACAUCACUAACGAUAGGGAGGGAAUAUGGAGCUGGUUCAAACGUGUCCGGUUCCUGGGUGUAAACCGUAACAGCGAGAUGAGCGUGUGGCUGGUGGGCGAAGAAAAAGGAGAAGUUCGCAUCGGCUUCAUCUUUACCAUGGGCCCCAAAAUUGAACUCAGCUCUGCUUUCAACUCGAUGAUGUUAAGGGUUGAGCAGGAGGAGGAUGAGGAGGAGGAGAGGAAGAAGAGGGCAAGCCCAGUAACAGCUGUAACAAUGGACAGAGAGUUCAUUGUAUGUGGAGACAUGACGGGAAACAUGUGGUUCAACAUGACUUCAGAUGUUUCAAUAUGGACCAGCAGGAAACCUGCUCACGAUGACAGGAUCAGUGUGCUGAGACUCACUGACAGCACCAUCAUCUCUGCCUCCUACGACAAGACGGUGAAGCUGUGGGACAGAACCACUGAGAAACAGGUGGGCAUGUUUGUGUGCGGUGGUCCUGUCCUGGCUUUGGAGGUGAAUCCAGACAAACCCACUGAGCUGGUUUGUGCCGACGGACAAGGAAAGCUCUACUUUCUCUCCUGGAAGGAAUAAUGCACGAAAAACACUUAAUCGCUAAACUAACCAAAGAUUAUAGAAAAUACAUAUACACAGCUUUUUUUGUUUUGUUUGUUUCAAUGGUGGUAACGUGCAAUGAAAGGGAACAUCUAUGUUUCAGUUGUAAAGCUCUAAUUAUAUUAUGUUUACAUGUGCCUUUGAUUUAUAUGAAGAAAACUUCAGAUAUAAGAAAAUAUAAGAUACAAGUUUAAAAUAUAUCAAGCUCUAAAAAUAUUAUCUUUUGUUUUAUGGGAGCUAAAUAUAUGCAUGCUUAUUUUGGAAAAUGUAAUUGAAGGAAUAUAAGAAUGUGGGAUAUCAACCAUUCAAGGUUCAAUGGGUUUACCGACCAUGAACGAUAUUUUCUUUGACAAUAAAGUAUUUGCACUGUGUUGUUUGCUUUGGUCUAAGAAUUAAAAACAUAAAAAUA